AUGAACCGACUUAUGUACCAGAGAAGAGACAUCAGGAACGGUCGCACGCGGAUCUUGACAAUCUUACGCCGUUACAAAGGUGACGAACAGGAACUGCGUGAUGAAAUGUCCAAGGUGUGUCAAGGAAAGGAGGUGAUUGUACGUCCUGGUCGCAUGGAAGUUGUUGGUGAUCAUGCUAGCGAUAUUCGUAAGUGGCUUGUGGGUCUGGGAUUUUAA